AUAUACAUGUACAUAUAUACGCACACUUACAUGAAUAUACACUCUCAUAAGUAAUAUCUUCUUACUGAGAGAUUGUCGGUACAUCUCAGAAUGGCGAAGCAAGAACUAAUUGGCCGAGACAAAUGACUUAUUAGGGUUUCACUCUGUUCAAGAGAGCACGUAAUAAUGGAGAAGAGAUCGAGGAGGACCAGAGAGAAGGUGGACUUGGCCGCAAUUUUACGUAAAUCUUGGUACCGGUUAAGGUUAUCGGUCCGACACUCGUCUAGGGUUCCGACAUGGGAUGCAAUCAUCCUCACGGCGGCUAGCCCCGAGCAAUCUGAACUCUACGACUGGCAACUCAAGCGAGCCAAGCUCCGCGGCCGGAUCGCCAGCUCCACCGUCACUCUAGCCGUGCCCGACCCGGAUGGCCAGCGGAUCGGGUCCGGCGCUGCCACUCUCAAUGCACUUCUUGCCCUUGCUCGCCACUAUGAACAGCUCGAUGCACAGGAAGGAAAUGCAAGCAAUACUAGUUCUGGGUCUUCCAUACCUGAGGAAAGAUCCAACAAUGGAGUUCCUGACCAGUCAAUCAUCAACUUGAUAGCCAAGAGGCAUAUUCUAUUGGUUCCUGCUGGAGGUGACUCUAAAAGGGUCCCAUGGGCGAAUCCUAUGGGGAAAGUUUUCCUACCACUUCCGUAUUUGGCCGCCGAUGACCCUGAUGGCCCAGUUCCCUUGCUUUUUGACCAUAUUCUUGCAAUCUCUUCUUGUGCAAGACAAGCUUUUAAAAAUGAAGGCGGGAUAUUUAUUAUGACCGGGGAUGUUCUACCUUGUUUUGAUGCCUCCACCAUGAUUCUUCCGGAUGACACAUCCUGCAUCAUCACUGUUCCUAUCACCCUUGACAUUGCUUCUAACCAUGGUGUUAUUGUGGCAUCCAAAACUGGGAUCUCGGAUGAAACUUAUUCACUCAGUUCAGUGGAGAAUCUUCUUCAGAAACCCAGUAUGGAGGAGCUUGUUAAUCAUAGGGCCAUUCUAGAUGAUGGUAGAACAUUACUUGACACUGGAAUAAUAGCAGUUAGAGGUACAGCAUGGGUGGAUCUUCUUACGCUUGCCUGUUCCAGCAAACCUAUGAUUUCAGAGCUUCUAAAGAGCAGAAAAGAGAUGAGUUUGUAUGAAGAUCUUGUAGCAGCUUGGGUACCUGUAAAACAUGAAUGGUUGCGACCACGCCCUACGGGUGAAGAACUUGUCAACAGAUUGGGAAGACAACAGAUGUUCAGCUGUUGUGCUUAUGAUUUAUUGUUCUUACAUUUUGGAACCUCAAGUGAAGUCUUGGAACACCUAAGUGGAACUAGUUCAGAACUUCUAGGUCGUAGACACCUGUGUUCCACUCCGGCAACCACUAUGUCUGACAUUGCUGCAUCUGCUAUUAUUGUUUCUAGUAAAAUUGAACCUGGUGUCUCAAUUGGGGAAGAUUCUCUUAUAUAUGAUUCAUCCAUUUCGGGUGGGACACAAAUUGGUUCCCUAGCUAUAGUUGUUGGUGUUAAUGUGCCAGAAGAUAACAAUAGUACAGCAGAUGAUCCAUUCAGGUUCAUGCUUCCAGAUCGCCAUUGUCUUUGGGAGGUCCCACUAGUAGGAUGCACUGAACGAGUUAUUGUGUACUGUGGCCUCCAUGAUAACCCAAAAAAUUCAAUUUCAAGGGAUGGGACUUUCUGUGGGAGACCCUGGAAAAAAAUCUUAGAUGAUUUGGCCAUCCAAGAAUCUGAUCUUUGGAGCUCAACUAGCACUCAGGAAAAGUGCUUGUGGAAUGCAAAAAUAUUUCCUAUACUUUCUUACUUUGAGAUGCUUAGUUUGGCGGCAUGGCUGAUGGGCUUGAGUGAUCAAAGAAAGGAAUCUUUACUUCCUUUAUGGAAAAAGGCACCACGUGUCAGUUUGGAGGAGUUGCAUAGGUCAAUCGAUUUUAAGCAACUUUGCUUGGGCUCUGGCAAUCAUCAGGCAGAACUUGCGACUGGAAUUGUUAAAGCUUGCCUUAAUUUCGGUUUGCUUGGGCGCAACUUGUCUCAAUUGUGUGGAGAAAUUUUGCAAAACAAAGCCUCGGGAGUCAAAAUAUGCAAAGAUUUUCUAACCAUGUGUCCCAACCCCAGGGAACAAAAUUCUAGGAUCCAUCCUAAAAGCAGGGCAUACCAGGUGCAAGUUGAUCUUCUUCGAGCAUGUAGUGACGAAACUAUGGCAUGUGAACUGGAGCACAAAGUUUGGGCUGCUGUUGCCGAUGAAACUACUUCAGCAGUGAGAUAUGGCUUUAAAGAGAAUUUCUUGGAAUCCUCCAAUAGGACUUCUGUGGCAGAAAACCAGGUCAAUAAUGUUGAUGGUUUCAUAGAUCAAUAUUUCUGGUCUAGAAUUGUAAAGGUUGAGUUACCAGUUCGCGUGGAUUUUGUUGGAGGUUGGAGUGAUACUCCUCCAUGGAGCUUAGAGCGUGCUGGUUGUGUCUUGAAUAUGGCAAUAAUGUUGGAAGGUUCUCUACCAAUUGGAACCAUCAUAGAGACGAAAAAAACUACUGGGGUGAUGAUUAGAGAUGAUGCUACAAACCAGCUGUAUAUUGAAGAUUGUAGCUCUAUUGCAGCUCCAUUUGACAGUGAUGAUCCAUUCCGGCUUGUCAAAUCUGCAUUGCUCGUGACAGGUAUUACUCAUGACAAGAUCCUUCUGUCCAUGGGCUUGCAAAUCAGGACAUGGGCCAAUGUUCCCCGUGGUAGUGGUUUGGGGACUUCUAGCAUCUUAGCAGCAGCUGUUGUAAAAGGACUUCUCCAAAUAACCAAUGGAGAUGAAAGCAAUGAAAAUGUUGCCAGACUUGUCUUGGUACUGGAACAGCUCAUGGGCACAGGAGGAGGCUGGCAGGAUCAAAUUGGAGGUUUAUACCCUGGCAUUAAAUUCACUGCAAGUUUUCCUGGAGUACCAUUGCGGCUUCAAGUCAUUCCCUUGUUGGCUUCUAGCCAGCUGAUUAGAGAGUUGCAGCAACGAUUGCUUGUAGUAUUCACUGGUCAAGUUCGACUCGCACAUCAAGUCCUACAAAAGGUGGUAACUCGAUAUCUCCGACGUGACAACCUGCUUGUAUCCAGUAUUAAGCGCCUUGCUGAACUGGCAAAGGUUGGGAGGGAAGCUCUAAUGAACUGCAACAUAGAUGAGAUUGGGGUGAUAAUGUCGGAAGCUUGGAGGUUACAUCAGGAGCUUGACCCUUACUGUAGUAAUGUAUUUGUUGAUAGACUCUUUGCAUUUGCUGACCAGUACUGCUGCGGCUACAAGCUUGUGGGUGCUGGUGGUGGGGGUUUUGCAUUGUUACUGGCCAAGGAUGCUGAGCGUGCCACUGAACUGAAACGUUCGCUAGAAGAGGAUUCAGAAUUUGAUGUGAAAAUCUACAAUUGGAACAUCUUUUUAGAAAGUUAGAAGUUCGAUGAAGGUUGUUUCCGGAAGGUAGCUUAUUACUGUAUUUCUUAGAUAUGUUUAUGUAUAGCGUGGUGGUAAAAAAUGUCUCGAGCGAAGAUGCCUAGGAGAAUUCAUGGCGAUUCUUUAUUAAAUUUAUUUAGGAAAUUUAUGAAACUUCUUGUAACUCAAGUUCAAUAAAGUUUAGCAAUAACGCUGUUUAUUCUUCAAACUCAAAUGAAUGAUAUUCAAAAUAUUAUAAUUAGAA